AUGCAAACGCCACCGAGCGGCACCAACACAAGUACCACAUUGAUUGUUAAGGUCACUUCAGUCGUCGUUGGCUGCGGGCAGGAAAGUUUUCCUGUGCACCGGAUGGAACGCAACUUGAUGGAGCUCAAACGACACGUGCGAGCUCAGUUUUUCGAACCAGCAGAUGCUCGUAAACUGGAUGCUAUCGACAUUGGCUCGCUGAUGAGUCGUUGCAAGAAGUACAAGCUCUAA